AUGGCUCAGCCUCCAAGCAAACGUCGUCGCGUUGAUGCAGCCGCCACACUAUCCAAGCCGUUCAAGUCGCCAAUGCGCAGGCCCGUCCCGACAACCACAGCCGCAUCACCAGCUACACCCGUCGCGACCAGGGCCCUCAAUGACGCCCCAGCACAAGCUUCUACACCAGUCUCAAAUAUACCUACACACUCCCUCCCCGCCGAACAGAAAGCAACCUCCCGCCCGCUCUCAACCCCAACCCGCUUCCACUCCUCCGACCCCGACAUCCUCGCCCUCCAAAAACAACAACGCGCCAUUCAAUCGCGCAUAGCCUCACUCCGCACAGACCUCGAUGCAGCAACCCAAGCCCACCAACUCGAAUCCUCAACCAAAGAUACCGAGCUCGAAGCUCUGAUCGUCAAAUGGCGCCAUAUUAGCCAGGACGCGGCGGACGAAGCGUUCGUCGGUGCUCAAGAGCGUGUUAAUAAGAUGGGAGGCAUGAAGGCUUGGAAGGAGCGUUCUAAACGUGAUGCUACGCGGUGGGAAGAGUAUGAGGAGGAGAAACGUGAGAUUGAGCAUGUUGAUGAGGAAGAGGAGGAGUAUCGGGAUCUUGGGGGGUUGUCGGAGAUGUUGCAGAGUAGGAAGAUUGUCCAUGAGCAGGGGCGGGAGGAGAGUUCUGAUGAGGAGUUUUCUAUGGGAUAUAUGCUUAAGACUCUGCAUAUUGAUCCUAAGUUGAUCGGGUGCCGCUUACACUUUCCUAUUUGGGAUGAUAUCGACUCCACCCAAUCCCCGCAUUGCCUUCCCUUCAAGCUGCAAAUCACUAAUUUACAUGUCAAUGCAUCUGAUUACUGCAUGUCGCGCCCGCUGAAGCAUAGAGAUAUCGCCUGCGCUCGCUGUUUCCGCCUCAAGCGGAAAUGUGACCAUGCAAAGCCAUCCUGUGGCGAAUGUCGCCGCAAAGGCGCGGAGUGCUUGCCGGCCAGAUCCCGGAAGUCGGGAGAUAACAUCACCAUCCCGCUGGAUUACUUGAGACAACUUGAAGAGCGGGUGGCUGAGAUGGAUCGUCGAUCUAGCACUAUCGAAGCUCACGUGGAGAUGUGCGAUGCUGCUGUGCAGACCGAUUACGGAGAUCUUGAAGCGUGCAAUGAUUCGAGCCAUUUCUUGGCUGGCCAAGAUUUAAAUAAGGACAACGAUGCGUCUCUCAUGCUAUUGUCUGGAUUGCAGUCUCCAAACCAACGAUUUGCACGAUCACCUCCGUCUUUCUCGCCGGACACAUUGUCUUUCUUGACCAGCGCAACUUUUGACUUUCCAUGGAUGGAUACAACACCAUCAUAUUCAUUGACCGACAGCUUAACCUGGUUGAAAGAGCAAUACACCAAUGUCUAUUUCUCUGUCACACACCGCGAAUGGCCCUUCCUGAACGAAACAGCCUGGAAGUCUUGGCACAACGAAGUCAUCAUAGACGGACAAGAUGAAUGGCGACAAUUCUUUUUAAAUAUUGUAUAUGCAAUUGGGGCAUCCCUUUGCAGUACAAUACAGCGAGAUCCUUCACACUCAACACGUUCGAAAGAGUUCUAUGCCUCGGCAAUGCGAUAUUACCCGCACGUCGUGGGGCAUUCGUCUAUGGUUCUGCAGGUCCAGGCUUCAUUGCUUAUGAUUCUUUACGCUUUGCAUUCACCUUCUUCGGAGGAGAUUACGACUAGUGUUUCUUCCAUCGUACCCUUCUGUACGGCUGCGAUGGCGGAGAUCCGAAAGCAUGCGUCGAUCUGCCGAGAUAAUGGGUCGAUGACUGAGACUGAUGAGGUUUUGUCGGAGAAAAUGUUCAUCACUUGUUACAUGCUGAAUGAAAUUAUUGUGUCUGGGUGGGAUCGACCUGUUUCAGCUGCAUAUAGAGUUGUCGACGAUGAUAUGUGCAUAUUAGGCGACACACUCCAACCACCUCAAGACAUAAACCCCGCCUUAACUCAUCUAUUCCGCCUACGCAAAAUUCAAGCAAGCAUCAGAAGAUCGAAAGAGAACUGGCCUCAAAGCCCACUGAUCAAACACGAUACAAGCCACAACUCUUCAUCCUCCUUCAAAUCGGCGCUUGAUAUCUGGCGGCAGGAUAUCCCACGAUAUGGAUCCAAUAAUGUUCAAUACGGCUAUUUGCACCCUAUAUGGAUGCGAAAGCUGUAUGAUUACAGUCUCUUGAUUCUGAUGGAAGAGAAGCGGAACUUUGUCGAGGACGGAGUGGAAGAGUUCCUCGCCGCGGUUGUGGAUGUCUGUCUCAAUUUCCGUCUAUUUCAGGAAGAGGGCCACGUAAUGUGUUACACCUGGUCUGCGCUUGUAUUCCAGUUUCGCGCAGGAACCAUGCUUUUGUAUAUUUCCUGGGCAACAAAAUCCAUGACUGAUACCCGCAAAGCCAUUGACGCCUGUGCGAUGAAUUUGGCUGGCUUUGUGGACCGUUGGACGGACGCCAUGCCGUAUAUGAGGGUUUAUGAGUUCCUAAGACAGAAGGUUAUGUGGAAGGCCGGUAUAGGUGAAGUUGAAACAGAUAAUAUGGUCUUGUUGGAGGAGGCCGAGUUGCAUUUGGAGCAGUUGAAGAAGGGAUACUUGCACAGAGCGGUCUUGGGGAUGGUUGAGGAUAUUAUGUUUGGGGGCUCUAUUCAAGUGUUUCCCGAAGAAGUGUAA